GAGAUGAGCUGCCUGAGAAAACAAUCGACGGGAGAUGUGAGUGUGGAGGUCAAUGCCUGCCCUGGCCCAGAUCUCAGGCAAAUCUUGGAGGAUUUGAGAUGCCAGUAUGAAACACUGAUAGCGCGCAACCGCAAGGAAGUUGAGGAUUGGUACGAGUGCAAGAUUGAGGAGGUGAAUCGGGAGGUUAUUACAAGCGGACAGGAGGUAGAGACGUGCAACAACCAGGUGACUGAACUGAAGCGCCAACUGCAAGCCCUGGAAAUCGAUCUCCAGGCUCAGCUCAGCCAGAGAAAUAAUUUAGAAUCUUCUCUGGCUGAGACUGAGUGCCAGUACAACACCCUCCUCGGUGAGCUACAGAACCAGAUCACGUGCGUGGAGCAGCAAUUGGCUGAAAUAAGAGCGGAAAUAGAGUGCCAGAACCAAGAAUACAAGACCUUACUGGACGUCAAGUGCCGUUUGGAGCAGGAGAUUCAGACCUACCGGUGCUUGUUGGAAGGAGGACAGCAGGACCUUAUUCACGGAGGAGGAAUCGGCGUAGGGACUGGAGGAGGAGUCAUUAGGACAAGCCACACGUACACGACAACUUCAACUUCCCACUGCCAGCCCCAAGUCCCGCCCUGCAAGACUGGAGAUAUACAAGUGACCUGCAGGAGAAUUUGUGAUUAAGGAGGAACGAACUAGAAGGUGACAUAGAGAGAAAGCCACAAACAAAACAAGAACACCCAGUGUUCACUGCGCGCCUCUACGCAGAGAAAGUAGAAGUAACUCAGCGAUGCUUUGCCAUGUAUCUGGAGGGACCUCUUGGGGCCACCUUCCUCUCUGUUCUGCUCUUCUGAUCUGUAAUGCUGUAAUCUCUAGAAGUUACUGGAGUUAGUCAGGAUCACUAGUGUCCCUGCUGGUGCAAAAACCUCUCUAAUAAAACUUUGCUUCUGCCUGAUGCA